AUUACUCGAGUAAUGGGCGCCCGGGGGAGAAGAAGAAGAAGAAGGAUUCGACCCGGUUGAGGGGGUUCGAGCCCGCGAAACUAAUGCUUCUGGAGAGGACGACGACGACCCUUUCUUCGUUUGUUCAGGGGGGAUCCCACGAAGAAAGAGGGCGUGGGGAUGGCGGUGAGGUUGAUGCAGCCGCCGCCGCGGCGGCGGUGAAGAUUCAGAAAGUAUACAGGAGCUAUCGUACUCGUCGUGCCCUCGCGGAUUGCGCCAUCGUCGCCGAGGAGCUAUGGUGGAAGGCAUUAGACCUAGCAGCAUUGCACCAGAGUUGUGCGUCCUUCUUCAGCGAAGGGAAACCAGAGAGCGCCGUUUCUCGAUGGGCCAGAGCGCGUACGCGAGCUGCCAAGGUCGGGAAGGGGCUCUCCAAGGACGACAAGGCUCAGAAACUAGCCCUUCGCCAUUGGCUGGAAGCUAUUGAUGCGCGCCAUCGGUACGGACACAAUUUGCACCUCUACUAUAAUGUCUGGUUUCAGAGUGAAAGCCCCCAGCAGUUCUUCUACUGGUUGGAUGUGGGAGAUGGGAAAGAAGUCAAUCUCGAAAAGUGUUCAAGGGCAAAGUUGCAACGCCAAUGCAUUCAAUAUCUUGGGCCCAAAGAGCGCGAACGUUAUGAAGUCGUGAUUAAAAACGGGAAGCUUGUAUACAAGCGGAACAACGUCUUUGUGGAGACAAUAGAAGGUUCAAAGUGGAUCUUUGUCCUUAGCACCUCACGGACGUUGUACGUGGGGAGGAAGGAGAAAGGCACAUUUCAACAUUCGAGCUUUUUAGCAGGUGCAGCUAUCACUGCUGCCGGAAGGCUGGUCGCCCACGGCGGCGUUUUGGAGGCAAUUUGGCCUUAUAGCGGUCACUAUCUUCCAACCGAAGAGAACUUUGAAGAAUUUAUUAGCUUCUUAGAGGAGCACCGUGUAGAUCUCUCAAAUGUUAAGAGAUGUGCAGUUGAUGAUGACUGGGUUUCUUUCAAGGUAGUUCACGACGAGGGGAGACGCGCACCUACACAUCUGUCUUCUACUAAAUCCGACGAUGAUCGCAAACCCAACGAUCAUUUGCCAAGCAAGUGGUCAACAGGAAUGGGGCCGCGCAUUGGGUGCGUAAGGGACUACCCUACAGAGCUGCAACUCAGGGCACUUGAACAGGUCAACCUGUCCCCUAGGGUGGCCAAUGGCAGCGCUGGGUUCCUGGACUAUGGUCCAGUCCCAUCGCCACGGCCUAGCCCUAGAGUCCGAUUGUCUCCUAAGAUUGCACACAUGGGGUUGCCUAGUCCUAGGCCUCUCUCUCAUCCCCGCUACAUGUAGUUGAAGACUAGCUACAACCUUUGUGGCUUCGUCUCGGAAUUUUUUUAGUCAAAAUGAAUAAACUUUGAUUAU